GGUUUCAAGUCUCAGCUGCAGCACACGUCACGUCUUCAGGCAAACAUAAAGCCAAAUCCAAAGGCAAAUAAACUGAUCGGAAUUGGAACAAUAAGGGCAAUAAUUUCAGGCAGUUAUGAUGAUGACUCGAGCAACUCUGCCACUGUUGCUGCUGAUGAUCAUCUCACAGGUAGCCCAGCUGCUGGCAGCUCCUAUCAUGUGUGGCACGGAUGAGACUGAGCCAAGUCAAGUUAAGUCAGUUGAGGAGCAGUCAACGACGACAACGCCCAAGCCCAGCGAGGUGAAUCAGUUUCUGCACAAUGUGCAGUGCACUCUGGAGAAAGCAAAGCCCUGGAUCGAAGAUCUAGAGAAGGAGGCCAAGCGACUGGAGGAGACUGCUAAGCGUGUUGGCCUGAGCAUUGUGCAUCGUUUUGGUAAUCUAAUGGAUUCGAUUCUCGGUGCCGCUGCCAAUAGGAUACCGAGUGUCACCACAACCACAACUAUAAUGCCACCCAGUUCCAGUACCAGCACCAGCACCGAACGCGAUCUUCUUGCAGCCAUCAGCCAGGAGCCUGAGCAAUUGACACCUUCAACAGAAUCGCCAUUGGACAAUGAGAUUAUCAAUGUAGAGCCGAUCAAAUAAUUAGGCCAGCGAAUUAAAUAUAAACACAUACAUAUAUUUAUUUAUCUAGCUCGAAA